AUGAGGAUGGAAGCGGGUGGGGACGUGCAGGCGGCGGAGCGGGACCGGGGGCCCCACGCGCCGCCCGUUGUCCCAGCGACCGGGCCGGGCCUCGGGGGAACCGCGGCCCGAGCCCCGGGCAGCUGGGGCAAGUGGGUCAGGCUCAACGUGGGGGGCACGAUCUUUCUGACCACCCGGCAGACGCUGUGCCGCGAACAGAAGUCCUUCCUGAGCCGUCUUUGCCAAGGGGAGGAGCUGCAGUCCGACCGGGAUGAAACAGGAGCAUACCUCAUAGACCGGGAUCCCACCUACUUUGGCCCGAUCUUGAAUUUCCUUCGUCAUGGCAAGCUCGUUUUGGACAAGGAUAUGGCUGAAGAGGGGGUCUUGGAGGAAGCUGAAUUCUAUAACAUUGGCCCCUUGAUUAGAAUCAUCAAAGACAGACUAGAGGAAAAGGACUACACGGUGACUCAGGUGCCUCCUAAGCACGUGUACCGUGUCCUGCAAUGUCAAGAGGAAGAGCUCACUCAGAUGGUCUCCACCAUGUCUGAUGGUUGGAGGUUUGAGCAGCUAGUGAACAUUGGGUCCUCUUAUAACUAUGGGAACGAGGACCAGGCAGAAUUCCUGUGUGUCGUCUCCAAGGAGCUAUACAACUCUCCCAAUGGACUGAGUUCAGAGCCCAGCCGGAAAGCCAAGAGCACGGAGGAGGAGCUGGAGGAGGAGGAAGAGCGGCAGGAGGAGGAGGAGGAGGAGGUGGUGCAGGUGGAUGAGGUGCAGGUGGAACCCGAGGCAGAUUCGGACGAGAAAGCUGUUACAAGCCAGAGGCUCCCAGAUGUGAGAACGUUGAUCAUCUUCCGGGAAUUUUUGUUUUCUGUUCUGAAAUCUUUAUUUUUUUACUGUGGCCUGUGGCAGCAUUCCUGGGCCGAAGCAGAUUGCCCCAGCAGUUACCCUCACCCCUGUCCCUUUCAGGCACUCCCUCUGGUUCCCUGUCCCCCCAAACGCAGGAGAUGAUGCAAUGUGUUCACAUUGGUUGGUCAGGCUGGGGUGGGGGCAACUGAGAUGGGGAUUUUUACAUUUCAGCAGUGAGGACAUGAGGGCAGGUAUCCAGGCAGGGUUCAGUUUCCAGGGCCCUCGACUCCUUCCCAGUUAUGUUUCUCUCACCAGGGAGGAAAAGUAUGAGUUAACCUCACUAAAGUGGGCUCAGGAACAUCACUCUGGCCCUCAGUUUCCUUGCCUCCAAACUGGGGAUGCUAACCCUUGCCUUGCCCACCUCACAGGGCUGUUGUGAGGAUGGAAUGAGCUGAUAAUGUAUGAAAAUACUCAGAGAAACUAUUGAUGCAAGCUGUUCUCACGGCCUGUCCCAAAGGGAUUGGCUUUUUUUUCCCCCAAAAAAAUACUGCUCAGGGAGACAAUUGUAUUUAACUCCAAGGAAUGGGUCAUUAACGGUGGAGCUUCAGGCCUUGGUGGGAAGACAUUUGGAUGGGGAGCAAGCCUCAGAAAUAAAGACAAAUCUGCCCUGGGGUUCUUCUCAUCUUCCUUCCCUUCUGCUCAUGGCACCCUUUGAUAGAAAUGAGGGAGAACCAUGCUACCCUCUGCAGAACCAGCCUCUGCCUCAGUUCAGCUUUGUGAUUUCAGCUGCCCACUGAGGCGUCAAACUGACCCCCUUCUGGUUCUGUCUGCAAUAGUCCCCUCUCUCUCUUGUGACUGCCCUCCUCCGUCGGACUGUUUCAGUCAGAAGAAAGAAGACCAUGUUAGCAUACCUUGGGUGCCCCAGAAGGAGGGUGAAGGAAGAUGAAUGAAGGCCGCUCAUCCUGACCCUCAGAACUGGGGUGCGGGGUUGAAUCAGUGAGAGUGUGACCCUAGGGAGAUGCCCCUCUCUAUCCUGGGGACUGAAUGGUGGACUUCACAACUGUGUUGGAUGCAGCCUUGUUAAUAAAGCCUUGAUAGAAACCU